AUGGGGUUCCUCAGCCUUGUGGGUAACUCCUUUGGAUGCUCUGCUUCCGGUGAGCGGCUUGUCUCAGCUGCCCGCGACGGCGACCUGCAGGAGGCACGUGCGCUGCUCGAGUACAAUCCUCGCCUUGCCCGGUUCUCGACAUUCGGUGGCCGGAACUCACCGCUGCACUAUGCCGCAGCGCAAGGUCACCAUGAGAUUGUCUCUCUGUUGCUUGAAUCUGGAGUUGAGAUCAACCUUAGGAAUUACAGGGGGCAGACUGCUUUGAUGCAAGCAUGCCAAUAUGGCCACUGGGAGGUUGUUCAAACACUGAUACUCUUCAAUGCAAAUGUUCACAGGACAGAUUAUCUCAAUGGUGGAACUGCUAUCCAUUUUGCAGCACUGCAUGGUCAUGCUCGAUGCCUCCGUCUUGUGCUUGCAGAUUAUGUUCCAAGCGUACCGAAUUUCUGCACCGUGAUGGACCAUAGGUCAUCUGAAGAAGAUUCAGCUGCUGAUUUUGAUCAUGAUGCUUUGGUCAAGAUGGUAAAUCAGAAGGCGGAUGGAGGCUUAACCCCACUUCAUAUGGCAGCAUUAAAUGAGCAUGUAGAGUGCGUGCAAUUGUUGCUGGACUUAGGAGCAUCUGUUUCUGAGGUCACUAUUGAGGAUGGAACAACUAUAGACUUAAUAGGAGCUGGUAGCACCCCACUUCACUAUGCUGCUUGUGGUGGAAAUGCUGUCUGUUGUCAACUCCUAAUUGCUCGAGGAGCUUGCAUUACUGUGCAAAAUGCUAGCGGAUGGACCCCAUUAAUGGUGGCUCGUUCCUGGCAAAGAAAUUCAGUUGAGGAAAUCUUAAGUAAAGAGCCAGAGGAGCGGAUACGCACUCUUCCUUCUCCUUAUCUCUGUCUUCCACUUAUGAGUAUCAUGAACAUUGCCAGGGAGUGUGGAUGGAGGUAUCUAAACCAGUCACCUGUUUGUAUUGACCCUUGUGCUGUCUGCUUAGAAGGGAGCUGUUCUGUUGCCGCAGAAGGUUGCAAACAUGAAUUCUGCACAAGAUGUGCUCUAUACCUUUGUUCAACCAGUUACACAUCAGCAUCCAAUCGUCUCUUUCACCACUCUUCCUGGCACGAGCCCGAUAAGAGAGCUACCGAGAAACAGCCUUUCACUGUCAUUCUGCACGACGUGCCCAGCCGUGAACUCCGAUUCUUCUGCCCCGAUUGCCGCCCAUCUGUACCGGACGGAAUUCCAGUGCGGGCGCAUGCCACUGAUGGGCUCAUCCUCCUUCCGCUCGCUGAGCUGCCAGAGGAUACCGGCGAUGAAACUGAACCCGUCGUUCUGUAUGGGUUCCAUGGACACGAACCCCUGCCUCAUAAGGUGCUCAAGGUUCGGAUCUAG